GUCAUAACCGUGCGACUGGUUAAGUAGCUAAUAGUGUGACGGUUACGGUUGUUCGACAAUUAAAGUCACUUAUCCUUCAACGGGUAAAACAGCGCCUGAAAUACAAAGACAGCUGGGUUUCCCUCCAUCAGAUAACACAGAGAGGUCUGAACCUCCUUCAAACAUGACAGACACAAAGCGUCUCGCCUUCUCCAUCAUCCAGUUCCUCCACGACCAGCUCCAGUCGGGAAAUCUGUCCUCAGGCGCUCAGGAGAGUCUGGAAGUUGCUGUUCAGUGUUUGGAGACGGCGUUUGAAGUGUCGACCGAUGACCAGAGCCUCGCCGUCCCCAUGACGUUACCAGAGAUCUUCGCUUCAGCCACAGACAAGCUUCCAGCUCAGUCUCAGGCCAACAACAACUCCAGCCCAAAGACUCUGAGCGACGAGCAGAGAGAAGAGGCCGAGCAGCUGAAGACCGAAGGAAACGACCAAAUGAAAGUUGAAAACUUUGCAGCUGCUGUUGAGUUUUACUCAAAGGCCAUCGCCAUUAACCCUCAGAACGCCGUCUACUACUGCAACAGGGCUGCAGCGUACAGUAAACUGGGGAACUACGCUGGAGCGGUACAGGACUGUGAACAGGCCAUCGGCAUCGACCCAAACUACAGCAAAGCCUACGGACGCAUGGGUUUAGCUCUGGCCAGCCUCAACAAACACACAGAAGCAGCCACUUACUACAAGAAAGCUCUGGAGCUCGACCCCGACAACGACACAUACAAAUGCAACCUGAAGAUCGCAGAGGAGAAGAUGGAAACCUCCAGCCCGACGGCGGGGAUGGGAGGGGUGGAUCUGGCCGGACUCCUCAGUAACCCCGGCUUCAUGAACAUGGCGUCUUCGCUGAUGAACAACCCUCAGGUCCAGCAGCUAAUGUCAGGGAUGAUGUCCGGAGCGUACGGCGGGAUGGGCGGAGUCGGAGGAGGAAUGGGAGGAGGAAUGGGAGGAGGAGGAGUUGGAGGAGGAGGCGGAGUCCCCGGACCCGGAGCCACCAGUUCUGCUUCAGCCGGAGAUUUAUCAGGACUGAUCCAGGCGGGUCAGCAGUUCGCUCAGCAGAUGCAGCAGCAGAACCCUGAACUCAUCGAACAGCUGAGGAGUCAAAUCCGCAACCGGACACCCAGCGCCGGCAACGAGGAGCAGCCAUGACACUCAGAUCAGGUUGGACGGGUUCGGACCGGACGUCGUCUUUCUUUUUUUUUUGUUUUUUUUUGUUUUUUGUUUUUUUCCGAUUUGGAUCAUUGUAACUCAAAGGACUUGAAGAAAGGAAGUUUUUCCAUCACUGAAUAAUUCCUGCAUGAACGAGGCCUCCCACUUCAUUCAGGAGCCAUGUCACCAAAAACUGUGUGGUUUUUAGGAAGAACAUUUUGACAUCGCACUUUGUUAAUAAAAUCGGUAAAGCUGGUAGGAAGCGGACGGCAGACGUGUAAACAGCUGUAGUGAAGCAGGUCAGGACAAACAGACACAAAACCCAAGCUUGAAAUGUCUUUUUCCUUGUAAAACUACACAGUGGAACUUUGAAUGCAAUUUUUUUUUGUCCAGUUUCUUUAUCAUGUGGGGUGUGUGUGUGUGUGUGUGUGUGUGUGUGUGUGUGUGUGUGUGUGUGUGUGUGUGUGUGUGUGUGUGUGUGUGUUUGCGUGUGUGUGUGAGAGCAGCAGGGGUCACAAAAUGCGUGGUCAGGUUUAAGCUCCUCCCACUCCGAGGAGGCGGCAUGAUGUUCAGACAUGGUUUAGAAAUUAAAAAGAACAUCUCAACAUUUUA